UAACUAUACGCACGAAGGACAUGGUUUUCCCUCUCUCUUUGCUCGCAAGUUUUUCAAUUCUGGCUUGGUGGAGUGUGUUUAGUUCGUGUUAUGCCAGAGGUGAUCAUGAUCAGGAUGUCAAUCAAACACGAGCUGUAGAUGUUGAUAUCACAGAUGGGACUCUACCCCCUUUGACUGAACCUCCCAAUGCAACAGCUAUUCUGGACAAAAUGUUUUUCAACUACGACAAAAGACUCAGGCCCAUGUAUGGAGGAGAUCCUGUUUACAUCUACGUAUCGCUGGGUUUCCUCUCCAUAAGCCAUGUGACGGAGGAAAAUAUGGAAUUUAAGGGGGACAUCUACAUGCGCCAGUUCUGGAAGGAUCCACGAUUGGCCUACGGUGACAAGAACUGGACAUUAAUCCUUCAAGGAGAUAUUCUCAACAAGAUGUGGUUUCCAGAUACGUAUAUCGAGAACGCUAAAAAAACAACCAUCCACGAUGACACAAGAACAGUCAUUGUGUUCGGAGACGGAAACGUGUUUUAUUCCGUAAGGGUCACAGUGAAUGCUAUGGGAUUAAUGGAUUUCAAAAACUACCCAAUGGAUGUCCAGCGAUUUUUCUUCAGAGUACUAAGUUACGGUUUUGACAUCACUCAGAUACGAUAUAAAUGGAUUGAUGUGUCGCUUUACAGUACAGACAUGGCAGAAUUCUUCGUCAUGAAUCAAACACUUGCUAGUGACAAGGUUAAAUAUAUGAUAGGUUGGUUCGACUAUCUUGACGUCAACUUCCACGUUCGAAGAAGGAUCGGCCAUUACGUCAUACGCAUAUUCUUUCCCUGCAUCCUUUGCACAGUUGUAUCGUGGCUUCCAUUCUGGAUGGAUAGGGGCGAGAUCGGUGAUCGUGGUGCUCUAGGCAUUACAACGCUGCUGACAGAAGUCUUCCUCUUGCAAUACACCAAUGACUCCAUGCCACGAGUCAGCUACGUAAAAGCCGCUGAUCUGUUUUUGAUUGUCUCUUUUGCUUUUACCUUUAUGGCUUUACUGGAAAGCGUCAUCGUAUACAACUACAGAAAGAGAUUUUUCAUAGCGGAAAGCACUCAAUCAAAAUCGCUGACUGGUGGAAGAACGUUUUUUCGUAAACGUGCUUUCAAAGUUGACGAGGUUCGUAAGGCAGACACUGUCCACAUAAAUGGCUCAUAUAUUAACCCGGCAGUACAUGCUGAGCAAGAAGACCUAGCAAGUCCAUUACCCGAACUUCAAGAAACUAAAGCCCCUUGGAAAGAACCAGAGGAUGAAAAGCAGAAUUGUCCCAAAUGUUCCGUGCUGUCAAAAUCGAAAAUCUACAGCUACUACACCUGCGUCAAGAGUUAUUUUACAAAGAACGAUCUUAGUUUUUUCAUCGAGAUGUCCUCCCGUAUUUUGUUUCCCCUCAUGUAUGUCGGAUUUAUCGCCUUUUUCUUUGGAAAAUAUGGAAUAUAAAGUUGAGAACAUAGAACCUCUGCACAAAAG